CAUUUCAGUCGUUUCGUUUGUGUAAUUUAAUUUUGUUUUUUUCUUUUAAAUUGUAAAUGUAAAUUGUAAUGUAAUUUUGUAUUAUUGUAAUUUAAUUUGACCGUUGUCUUGUCGACAACUAAUAUAUAAUAUAUCUUGUCGACUUAUUUGUGUUCAGUCAGCCCAGCUCGAGCUCAUUUUCUGUGCCGAAUAAUAAACUCGGCAUACAAUUUUAAAUACAAAUUAAUAAUUAAAAAAUAUUUUUGAAACAUAAUUUUUUAUAGUAAAAAUUAUAACUACAAAUUAAAGAGACAGGUUUUUCCAAAGUAUACACAAUUACAAUUCCUAGAAUCAAUUAAGAUAUUAUAAUGGACGAAGAUGAUCAUGAAGAUAGAUCUGGAGUUGCUCACCACAGAAGCCGGAACUUCAAAGACAAUGAAAUAAAAUUUUUAGUAAAUCAAGUUUCCAAAUAUAAACACAUACUUUUAAAUAAAUGUACAAACACAUCCAUCAACAAAGCUAAAGAUGCAGCAUGGGAAAAUAUAUGCAAAGAAAUGAAUAAUCAAGGCUUUGAAAUAAAGAGAACUGUUGACAAUUUAAAAACAAAAUGGUUGAAUCUUAAAAGAGAGGCUAAAAAAGUGUCCAAAAACUUAAUAGAUGAUACAAUCAAUAGUGAUAUAAAUAAUGUGUUAGCACAAGUUGUAAUGAUGGUAAAUGAAAAUGAAACAAACACAAGUACAGAGGUUUCUCAAGAAGACAAAUAUCCUCUAAAAUUAGAAGAUUUAUUAGAAGAAAAUGACAAUGAUACAUCAAAACAUUGGGAUAGGAGUGAUCAAUCAGAUGAAUCUAAUGAUGAUGCAACAUCAUGUACAGAAGACGACAGCAAAAGACGCAAAAGAUCCAUGAAUUUUACACCUUCAGAAUGCAGCCUUCUCUUGAGGUGCGUCAGAGAAGAAAAAGAUAAUAUUAUAUUUGGUAAAGGAAGAAGUAUCUCAAAAAAAGCUGUGCAAGUUGCUAACGCAGCCUGGCAUAGAAUAACAGUGAAAUACAACAAGCGGAGUGACUUUAAGAGGAGUACAAAAGUGCUGCGGAUGAAAUUUGAUAAUAUGAAGAGAUUGGUGACACGCAAAAGAAAGAUUGCAGAAACACGUAAAAACGUGAAAUAUAAGAGAAAUGUAAAACUGGAUGAUCAGCCUGUGGCGGUAAAAUCUGAGCCCAACAUAGGUUCAAGCAACAUUGUUAUGGAGACUGACUCUGCAAAUGUAGAUGAUGAUGAGGACAAUAAUGAUGAUUAUCAGGAGCUGCACGACCCAAGCCUACAAAACGAUGUCGACUCCGACCCACUUUGUACAGUUCUCAAUGGUGAUUCGGGAAUAGAGUCAGUAAGCUAUUCGGGGUCGUAUAGUCCAUUUGACAAUAAGGAGGUCGUGAAAUUGAAGCUUGAAUUACUGAAGUAUCAAAUGGAAACAGCAAAAAUGGAAAGACAAAGAAUAAAAGAAGCGUUAGACGCAGAAAUAUCAGACAGAGAAUCCAAAGCGAUAGAAGCAUCGCUUCGGUUGCGAGCGGCGAGGCUACAAGCGAUUGCUUCAGAGUCGAAGCUUCCUUCAACCCACCCCGCAUUGCAGUACAGUGAACGGGAGAAACUAGCUGAACAAUAUAUAAGACAAUUUGAACACUAUGGCAUUAAUAAAAGCGAGAAUUACAUUGAUUAAUAUUCAUUAAUAAUAGAGACAAUCCAAAGACAUAGAAGCAUCGCUUCGGUUGCGAGCGGCGAGGUUGCAAGCGGUUGCUUCAGAGUCGAAACUGCUUUCAACGGACCCUGUUUUGCAGUACAGUGAACAGGAGAAACUAGCUGAACAGUAUAUACGACAGUUUGAACACUAUGGCAUUAAUAAAUGUGAGAGUUAUAUUGAUCCAUAACAGUACAGACAUUCAAAAGCCAUAGAAGCAAUGCUUCGGUUACAAGAGGUUGCUUCAGAGUCGACGCUGCCUUCAACGCACCCCGCUUUGCAGUACAGUGAACGGGAGAAACUAGGUGAACAGUAUAUACGACAGUUAGAACACUAUGGCAUUAAUAAAUGUGAGAGUUACAUUGAUCCAUAGUAGUACAGACAUUCAAAAGCCAUAGAAGCAUUGCUUCGGUUACAAGAGGUUGCUUCAGAGUCGACGCUGCCUUCAACGCACCCCGCUUUGUAGUACAGUGAACAGGAGAAACUAGCUGGACUAGUAUAUACGACAAUUUGAACACUAUGGCAUUAAUAAAUGUGAGAGUUACAUUGAUCCAUAACAGUACAGACAUUCAAAAGCCAUAGAAGCAAUGCUUCGGUUACAAGAAGUUGUUUCAAAAUCGACGCUGCCUUCAAUGCACUCCACUUCAUAGUACAGUGAACGGGAGAAACUAGCUGAACAGUAUAUACGAUAGUUUGAACAUUAUGGCAUUAAUAAAUGUGAGAGUUACAUUGAUCCAUAAUUGUACAGACAUUCAAAAGCUAUAGAAGCAAUGCUUCGGUUACAAGAGGUUGCUUCAGAGUCGACCCUGCCUUCAAUACACCCCACUUCGUAGUACAGUGAACGGGAGAAACUAGCUGAACAGUAUAUACGACAGUUUGAACACUAUGGCAUUAAUGAAUGUGAGUCACAUUGAUUAAUAAUAAAUUAAUGAAUAAUAAUAGCGAUCAAAUCCACCAAAAGCCAUAGAAACAUCGCUUCGGUUGCGAGCGGUGAUGUUACAAACAUUUUUUAUAAAUGUAUUGGUAUUUAUGAUUUACUGAAAAUAAGAAAUAUGUUAUACUUCAGUGUUUGAAAAAGGAACUUAAUUGGACCUUUAUUUAGAGUUGAAAGUUGUUCAUGUCAGAUCUCUCUGAUUCUGAUGAUUAAAUUGUUAAUUAAUUAUAUUCUGGUCUGAAAUUUUGUACACAAUAAAUUUAUUGAUAAAAUA